GAAGCUAGCUAGUACUAAUUGAUCACUGAUUAAGCAGACACACCCCACCCCACACACAGCACCACAGCUAGCUCAUAGCACGACGCUAAUGGCCGGGGUCACGGAGCCGAAAGAGGUGAAGCUGCACGGCGCCUGGGGCAGCGCCCACUCCGCCAUGGCCCGGAACGCGCUGGCGCUCAAGGGCGUGCGUUACGAGUACGUGGAGGAGGACCUGGACAACAAGAGCGAGACCCUGCUGCGCCUGAACCCCGUGCACGGGAAGGUGCCCGUCCUCGUCGUCGACGGCCGGCCGCUCUCCGAGUCGCUCGUCAUCAUCGAGUACGUGGACGGGGCUUGGCACGGCCGAGAGCCGGCACUGCUCCCGCGGGAGCCGCGAGAGCGCGCCGCGGCCAGGUUCUGGGCACGGUUCUUCCACGACAGGGUGUCUCCGCUGUCGCACCCGGUGGUGUUCGCGGCCGGGGAGGCUGAGCGAGCGGAGUUGGUGAGGGAGAUGAAGGAGCGGAUGGCCGUGUUGGAGGCCGGGAUACGGGAGGACUUCCCCUACGGCAGCGAGGGCCCAUUCGUACACGGGCGGAGACCCGGGCUGCUCGACGUCAUACUGGGCUCGUGCGCCGCGGGGAUCCGGUUGCUCUCCGCACUCUCCGGCGAGGAGAUCGUGGAGCCCGGGACGCUGCCGCGCGUGCACGCCAGCGUGACCGCGUUCGACGAGCUCGCCAACGGUUUCCGGACCACCGUGCCGCACGAGCUCCUCCUCGCGCGGCUUCUCGAGAGGAAGGCGAGGCCGCGCGCUGCAGCCGCGUGAGUUACAUGCUCAGGAGUGACUCGGGGUGACGCGUGUAUGCGGAAAAUAAUUCUAUAAAAUUUGGUCUCCUAUAUUUGUGAUUUUA